CACCAGAAUACCGACCAUACGAUUAAACCGGUGUUGUAUUGUUUUUAUACUGUUUUGCAUAUUCUGUAAUUAAGUUCUUGGACUAUGCAGAUGAAAAUAUUCCGCCCUAAGUGUCUUAAAAGUCAGCGUUUAAACUGACAUACUGUUGUCGAAAUUGGCUAGUAUUGUUCUCGUAUGGCUGUGUGGUUCUGAGCCUGCAAAGAUGUUUAUGCCAAGAUCUCUGAAGCUCAAGAGAAGCUCGGACAGUCAGCCACAGACUACAGAGUUGAAGAAAAGCAAAACGAGCUCGGAGGAUACUGUUUCUUCGUCGUCGUCUCUUGCUGCGGAUUUGCCUGGUGAAGAUAUAAGCUCUCCAGCGACAGUAGACAGUGGGCACGAACCGUGCGAAGUUACAGAGACCCCCGUAUUACAACACGAACAGAUUGAAUCACAGGGAAAGCCCGAGGAAACCGAGGCAGAGAAGGAAAAUGAGGAGGAACAUGAAGAGGAACCCGUGAAGUCCUUCAAGAAGAGCCAGAGGUGGCCUGAGCCUGGGGAACCUGUGUGUGUCAUGUGUGGUCGUUAUGGAGAGUACAUUUGUGACAGCACUGACAAUGAUGUGUGCAGUCUGGAGUGCAAAGCGAGUCACCUGGCCAAAAUGUGCAUGGGUCUUGGUGAAAAGGUCUUCUCUAAGACCAAACAAGAGGGCACAAGUGUCCCUGCUGUAUCAACAGACGCUGACCACACUGCAACUGGUGUUGGCGCCCAUGAAGGUGGUUACUCCUACAAGGAGGAUGCCUUCAUAGCAGAACUGACUGAAGAACAGGUUGAGAGGGUGAAGAAGGAACUGGCAAUUGUAACGAAUGGCCAGGAGGUUAGCAGACCUAUCAUUGAAUUUGAGCACUGCCACUUCCCUGAAGCCCUCAGCGCAAACCUGAAGAAGGCCAGAUAUGAGGCACCCACUCCCAUCCAGAUGCAGAUGAUUCCUGUAGGUUUAGUUGGGAGAGAUGUGAUUGCUACAGCUGACACAGGCUCUGGAAAGACCAUCGCCUUCCUGCUUCCAGUGGUCAUUCGUUCCUUAGAGAGUGAAACAGGUAAUUCACCUGGUCCUACGAGUGUUAUUCUGACUCCAACCAGAGAGCUGGCUAUCCAGAUUGAGAGACAAGCGAAGGAGCUGAUUAUAGGGCUUCCCAACAUGAGAACUGCUCUGCUUGUAGGAGGAAUGCCUCUACCUCCUCAGCUCCAUCGGCUUAAGCAGAAGAUCAAGAUUGUGAUUGCAACUCCAGGGCGUCUCAUUGAGAUUCUAAAGCAGAAUGCUGUACAGCUUGACAAUGUGAGGGCUGUAGUUGUUGAUGAGGCAGACACUAUGCUGAAGAUGGGAUUCCAGCAACAGGUGCUUGAGAUCUUGGAGCAAGUUCCUGAUGACCGUCAGACUUUGUUGACAUCUGCCACAAUCCCUGCAGGAACAGAGCUGCUAGCAUCUCGUCUGACUCAGGACCCUGUGCGCAUCACUAUUGGUCAGAAGAACCAACCCUGCUCUAAUGUUCGCCAGAUCGUUCUCUGGGUAGAGGAACCAUCAAAGAAAAAGAAGCUCUUUGAGAUUCUGAAUGACAGAAAACUCUACCAGCCACCUGUAGUAGUAUUUGUGGACUGCAAACUAGGAGCAGACCUUUUGUGUGAGGCUGUGCAAAAGGUUAUGGGUUUAAAUGCAGUAGCUAUUCACUCUGACAAGACACAGUGGGAACGCAAUCGAAUCCUGAAGGGUCUGCUUGAGGGCCAGUUUGAAGUGGUGGUCAGUACAGGCGUGUUGGGCAGAGGACUGGACCUGGUCAAUGUCAAGCUGGUGGUGAAUUUUGACAUGCCAACUAACAUGGAUGAGUAUGUUCAUCAGAUUGGCAGAGCAGGAAGACUGGGGCACAGAGGAACAGCCAUUACCUUCAUGAACAACAACAAUAAGCGCUUGUUUUUGGACAUUGUGAACAGAGUAAAACCCACAGGCUCCUUGCUUCCCCCACAACUCCUCAACUCCCCUCACCUCCACGAACAGCAGAGGAGGGCCAGACAAAGGAGUAAUCAAGGACAGGAUGAUGUCGUGACCAAAAACAACCUUAUUGACAUUAUUAGAAGGCACGACAGGAGCUGUGCAAAGAAGUAACAAGGACUUUUGAUACAUUUGAUAUGUACAUUUGCAAUUUUAUAUUUACUUUCAGUAAAUAAAAGUGUUACAUUGAGUUGCA